UGUAGAAGCUGUUCACACAGCAGCCUCCGCCGCAACGAAUGGAGGCGAACGGGUGAAAGAGAUUUCACUGAGGAACUGUUUCACUAUCAACACAUCUUUCCGUCGGAGACGAGGAGGAUUUUAUACAGAUAUUAUUUCCGCGGGCAGAAGAAACGCCUCAUUGUUUUAAAAAAAGUCGAAUUGCUUCCCUUUUUCCCCCGUGAACAGAUCGAUUGCCUGUCAUUUAAAAAAGGGCGUGUGUGCGAGGCAGUCUUCACCAUUUAAUGUGGGUAUAUGGUGUUUUAAAUAUUUUUUACACCAUCUGGGUCUGAAGGACAGAGUCGAAGAUGGGAUGCACACUGAGCACAGAGGACAAGGCGGCGGUGGAGCGCAGUAAGAUGAUCGACAGGAAUCUGAGGGACGACGGGGAGAAGGCGGCGAGGGAGGUCAAGCUGCUGCUGCUCGGCGCUGGCGAAUCAGGGAAAAGUACAAUUGUCAAGCAGAUGAAGAUCAUCCACGAGGCAGGCUACUCAGAAGAGGAAUGUAAGCAGUACAAGGCUGUGGUCUACAGCAACACCAUCCAGUCCAUCAUCGCCAUCAUCAGAGCCAUGGGGCGCCUCAAGAUCGACUUUGGCGAUGCCGCGAGAGCUGAUGAUGCGCGGCAGCUGUUUGUGCUGGCGGGCUCCGCAGAGGAAGGCUUCAUGACGGGGGAGCUGGCCGGUGUCAUUAAGCACCUGUGGAAGGACGGAGGUGUUCAUGCCUGCUUCAGCCGCUCUCGCGAGUAUCAGCUCAAUGACUCGGCAGCAUACUACUUGAACGAUUUGGACAGGAUAUCCCAGGCCACCUACAUCCCAACUCAGCAGGAUGUCCUGAGGACCCGAGUCAAAACCACAGGCAUUGUGGAGACGCACUUCACAUUCAAGGACCUUCACUUCAAGUGA